GGGAAAGGAAACCACAGUGUAACUGAGAAAAGUACGGGACUAGGUCGUGUUUUUAUACCACACAAAUCCCUAGUUCAAGCCCCUGUGCUGUGUUUGUCAUACACACAGACCCCUCGGUCUUCAGGAUGUAGCCUACUUUUAAUCUGCCUGAAUGCCAAAUAGCGGUGGGUUCACCCGCACGGGGCGACACUUCAUCUUUCCGGAGGAAACGCAAAUUUAUCGCACCAUUGUUUACGUUUUCAAUAACAUUCAAGAUGUUUCCUUUAUCUCGUGCCGACUAUUUUACCGUUUCACUUGUUGUGUGGUAUUUGUAGACUCGUGAAUGUGUGAAUAAUGGUAGAUAGACCGGCAUGGCACGUCAGACAGAAGAACACAGGGAGAGUGACAAGGACGGGGAGAGGGAGAAAGAAAGGGGAGGGGAACUGACAUUAAAGCAACACAACAAGGAAACUACACUGCAGAGCCUCAGACGCCUUCAUUUUAUGUUUUUGAAUAAUAGCAGGAGCUAGUGUGGCGAAGUGUACCCGUGAAAUCUGCCCGGAGCUCAACCUCACAGCAGCAAGUGCCCCGAAAAAGGAGCAGCUUUUCACCGAGUUGGAUUUAAAGGCGCUCUCGGACGCUUUCAGAGAUAUGGACUCGGAGCCACCCAGCUCUCCACAGGUGGUGGAGGAUGGAGGAGAGGAGGAUGAAGAGGAGCUGAGCGGAGGCGAGGAGGCAGACCUGCGCUCCAGCUCUGGCCGGGGCUCCCUGCUGACCCGGAGAGGCAUCACCCUGAGGGUCCUGCUCAAGGAUGGGCUUGUAGAGCCGGGAGACGGCGUGCUGGCCAUCCACUACCUGGGUAAGAACUUUGUAGGAGACCUGUUGACUGAUGGGAAAAUAAGAUGGGUGGAGACAGGCCAGAUCUUCAACUCCCCAAGUGCCUGGGCGACACACUGCAAACGUCUGGUCAACCCAGCCAAGAAGUCUGGUUGUGGCUGGGCGUCUGUACGCUACCGGGGCCAGAAGCUGGUCCAGUACAAAACCACAUGGCUGCACAAGUACCAACCCAGCGCAGACAUGAGCCUGGUGAGCGAGGAGGAUGAUGACGAGGAUGAAGAGGAAGGGAAGACAGCUGUGCACACAGAUGAGAAGAACAAGAACAGCAAACCUGGAUUACACGACAUAAUGGUUUCACGCAGAUCAGACAGAGAGAGAAUUCCUGUCAGAUACUGCACGUUGGGCACCAGAGAUGCUACCAGAGAUCCACACACACUGGUGGAGCUGUCGGCCUUCUCAGCCAUCAACAGGUUCCAGCCUUUCAAUGUAGCCGUGUCCAGUAAUGUGCUUUUGUUAAUGGACUUCCACUGUCACCUGACCACCAGUGAGGUGGUGGGAUACCUCGGAGGCAGAUGGGAUACCAACACACAACUGCUGACAAUUCUGAGGGCUUUCCCAUGCCGGACCAGACUGGCAGAUAGAGACUCUGCGUCUGCUGUUGAGGAGGAGAUCUGUCAGAACCUGUUCAUGCGCGGUCUGUCGUUAGUGGGCUGGUACCACAGUCACCCGCGAGGUCCGGCUUUACCGUCGCUGCAGGACAUCGACUCCCAGAUGGACCACCAGCUGAGGCUGCAGGGUUCAAACAACGGCUUCCAGCCCUGCCUGGGCAUCAUCUGUGGUCCAUAUUAUCACGGCAAUCAAGGUGUGGCAUCCACAAUAACUCCAUUCUGGGUUGUACCACCACCUGAGCAGCGGUCCAAUGACUAUGGUAUCCCAGUGGCUGUGGAGGUCACAUAUGUCCAGGACAACUUUCUCACCAGUGAUGUUCUUAACGAGAUGAUGCUGCUGGUAGACUUCUACAGGGCUGCUCCCGACCUUGUCCAGUUCAGCCAGUACUGGUGUCCCGAUACGACCAUGAUGGACAAAAUAAAGGGCUCUCUGAGUUGCCAUGCUCCCAAAGACCAGGCCUACUCUCAGAUCUUAGAGCACGUUUACAGUCAACUGAACAACAUGCAAUGAGUGUGUGUGUGUGUGUGUGUGUGUGUGUGUGUGGGGCUUCUCUUCAAUUUCAGACACCUUUUGUGCAGAGGCGACAAGACAGGAUGUACAAUGUCAAAAAACCUGCUUUUUAAAUGCCUUUAAUUCUUUGCUCUUUGAGUGCACUUAUUUUUCACAGUAAUUUGAGUUUAAAAGACCUGGAUACUUUUGGAAGUGAAAAAUCUGUGACUUUGUUAUCCACAGAAGUUUGAAAUAAAAAUGGAGAUAUAUAAAGUUGAUGAAUCAAACUAGAAAGCACUGUGUUGAGGUAACAAAAUACUGAUGUGUGUGAAAAGGACACUAAUUGAACCCUUUCAUCGACAUGGAAUCAGCCCACCUGACUGGCCACUUACCCUUCACACAUGGACCUAUAGGUGCCUAUCUGUGCCAGUAUUCUGUGGAAAGAGCAGAUACUGCCAGGUAGGUGUACAAUGUAAACUUUCAGUGUGGCGUUGUUGCCUUUAAAGACCAAACCAAUAGCGCAGUGGUUUGGGAAAAACGUGACAAAGAGUAAGGUAAAAACUACUACCUUAGCAGUAUGCAAGUAUGCAAAUGUAUCUAGGUUUGAGCUUAACUCUAUUCUGCAAUUGGUUUUCUUGAAUGUUUUUGUUCCUUAAGGCUGCAAUGUGGUACUAGUUAUUCACUAUGCCAUUCAUUUUUUACCAACCUGUGUGUGUGUGUGUGUGUGUGUGUGUGUGUGUGUGUGUGUGUGUGUGUGUGUGUGUG